GGACGUUGUCAAGGCCUGAUUGCUGGAGAGGAGGUGCGGGCCAGUGGGAGAUGCAACAGUUGCUGCAUCGGGCUGUGUUGGAACUGAUAAAAUUGACAUCUAUGAUACAGAUUUAAUGCAAAGAUGUUCCUUGAGAUCUUGAACUGAAUCAUCCCGGGUCUGCUUGAUAUGCAAAUGAGAAUCAUCAAAGGGUUCUUGGAGCAGGACACUGAUGAAAGGAAGAUCUGCCAGGACUGUCACAUCCUGGGGAAAUCCCGACCCCCUGCUGGUAUUUACUGCCCACACCUGUGUCAGCAAGGACAUAUAUGCUGGGAUGGGGGCAGGGGUAUAUGAUACAACUUCUUCCUGUGUAAUUACCUGCACUAACCUAACUUACAAGUAAGAGCAAUGGUGACCUCUGGGACAAGACAAGUCUUCCUGGACUCUACAAUCAAGAAUGUGAUUCGCUGAGACCUGCUGGAGAGGAGUGUUCUGAGUCCAGAAGAAAAGCCCAUGGCAUGUGUGACUGAAAGAGAGAAUGGUGUAGCUAGCUCAAGGAUCCUGACCCCCUCCAAUCCCCUCUCCCAUUCCCUUAAUUGUAUUUAGAAUGUAGAUAUAUCCCUAUUUGUAAAUAAAUCCAACACUGAGUUAAGAUAUAGUUGUUCUUCAGUAAUUUAAGGCACCAGCAAAGCAGAGCACAUUCUACAUUUGGCACCCCAGAAAGAGUGUGGAAAUUCCUAAAUCCACAUAGAACCUAUAAGACGGAAUUGCUCUAAUUCAAAUUGCUGAAAGAACAGACCAGACCUGUUGCACAGAUUCCUUGGUGAAGUUAGCUGGAUCUUGGACUUCGUAGAAGGAUUGAAAGUGUGGUGAGUUAUUCAUUGGAUAUGCAAAAGUUCUAAUUGUUUGUUGUCCUUGAGUGUAUGUGGAGUUGUAAUAGUGGAUAAAGUAUUGAAUGCGGUAUGUUAAUAAGGGUAAAAUCAGAGGAAAGUGUGGAUUCUCUGUAGAGGAACAAUUUGUGUUUGUUUGUAAUCUUGACUUGAGUUCAGACCGAGUGUGUGCAUAUAUGUAAAGACAUUGUGGGAACACUGAAAAGUUUGGUUCUUUGUCUUGUUCACUUGUGAGUGUGUAUUGGCAGUACAAUAGCUUUUAUAUUAAUAGUUGGAUAUUGUGUUGAGUGUACAUUGGCGAAAUGGAACUGGCCUAUAGUUAUGUUAAGAAAUAUGCCUCUGCCAAGUAUCAUUCCUGUGCAGAUGAACCUCUUAAGAGUCAAGUUAAUGCGUUGUUGUCUCAGUGUCAGCAACAUAAUGAUGAGCUGCAGAGUAGACCGCUUACAAAAAAAGGUAACAAGGAGAAAUUGGCUAACGAAAUUGCGGUAUUGCUCAGAAUCACAGAAAUUUCUGAGCAAAUGGGGGAGCAAUGGAGAGCAGAAAGGAGUCAACUUGGAGAGCAGAUAGAGAAAGUUGGAGAUAAUCUUAGGAGCAUUGCAACUGCCUCCAGUGUUGAAAUGAAUGACUUGAGGGCUACAGUGUGCAAUUUAUCCGAAAAAAAUUGUGAGCUCCAAGAACAAUUGGAACAAUGCAAUGCAAACUUUGACAUGAAGAGUAGGCUUGUUGGUUCAUUGCAACUAAAAUUAUCUCAUAUGGAGGAAUUGGUAAUGUCUUUGGAGAGGAAAUUGGAAGAUGCAAACUCCCAGCUACUUAGAAAGGAGCAAUGGAUAUUAUCCCUCAAUGAACGGAAGAAAAAGUGUCCAUCAGCCAAUAUUUGUACUGUCACUGAUGUGAAUACAUCCAAUGAGGUGGCAUUAACAAAUGCUCCUGGAUAUUUAGGGGAGGGCACUAGAGUACUCACAAUUAAUGAAAAACUUACAUUGUGCCAGAUUCUGGGUGAGUUUAAUACACUGGAGUCACCCGUGUGCCUGUCUAAUAAAUUUGAGGCUAUUGUACAGAAAUACACUUUGACUGAUAAAGAUGCAUGCUCUCUUCUAAAGGCUUGGGUACCAGCACCUCUAGCAGCCCAGGUAUCUGCAUAUGAGAAUGAUAACUUAGAUGCAGAGGGAAGGAUGAAAGAACUGCAGCGUGUGUUAAAGAGUCGUGAUGAUAGAGGGAUAAAUGCGUUACAAAGAAUGAGAUUUAGAAGAGGAGAUGACCCUAUAUUGUUCUGUAACCAAUAUCUUUCACUGUACAAACGUGUUUAUAACUGUCCUGGUAUGUCUGCUGAUGAUCCGAGCUUCAUAUACUCAAUGGCCAAUAUCUGUUAUGUGAACUAUCCUAAUAGGAUUGCCCUCAGAAAUGCCAAUUCAUACCAGAGCUUUAUCAAUACACUUAGAGACUGGUGUGAAGAAUCCAGUGAUGGGUAUAGAUCAGAUGCAGAUAUAUCAGUAGUGAGCAGAGGUACAAGAAGGAAGAAAUUCAUCAGGUGUUACAAAUGUCACAGACCAGGGCACAUUCAGAGAUUUUGUAGAACCCCCGAUAUUUCCAGCCUGAUACCAGAUGAUAAAAGUAUAUCCACCCAGGACAAGGAAAGCAUGCCACAGGAGCCUGAUGUCAUGGAUAACAGCCUUGGGGAGUCAGGAAAUGCUGAGGGGCAAAAGGAGGAGGUUUCAGCUAACAAUGGCCCCCAUCCUCCGAAUAGCCAACAGCCAUGGGGGACGAGCAUACCAAUGUUUGCACCCUGGGCUAAUCUUCCAUUUUGGCUGGUAUGCAGUUGGUCCCAAAUAGCAUUACCAUUUUUCAUAACAAAUAUGGCAAACUUUGUGAGCAAUGCCUGCUUAGUUUAGUAAGAAUAUGGGACUUAUAUUCUAGCCGUACAGAUAACAGGACAAGGCUUAGAGAAUAAGGAUUUGACUAUAAUGAUAAUUGUGUGUAAUAAUUGUCUUUGUGUUUCCUUUUCAGGAGCCACUGAAGGCAGCUUAGUCAAGCUGGCCAAACACUAAUGUUUUUGUUUUGUUCACAGGUUUUAGGUGGAGUGGUCCAGACUACAUUUAGUUGAGCAUUAGUUAGAUCAAUUUAAAAAGGUCUUCAUAGUCAC